UGUGUGGGUGUGGGUGUUGAGGGAGGGUGGGGGGGAGGGGGUCCUUGUGGCCAUGAGAGAGUAUAAGGUGGUGGUCCUGGGCAGUGGGGGGGUGGGCAAGUCUGCUCUGACUGUCCAGUUCGUCACCGGCUCCUUCAUCGAGAAGUACGACCCGACCAUCGAGGACUUUUACCGCAAGGAGAUCGAGGUGGACUCGUCGCCCUCGGUGCUGGAGAUCCUGGACACCGCCGGCACCGAGCAGUUCGCCUCCAUGAGAGACUUGUACAUCAAGAACGGGCAGGGCUUCAUCCUGGUGUACAGCCUGGUCAACCAGCAGUCCUUCCAGGACAUCAGGCCCAUGAGGGACCAGAUCAUCAGGGUGAAGAGGUACGAGAGGGUGCCCAUGAUCUUGGUGGGCAACAAGGUGGACUUGGAAGGCGAGCGGGAAGUGGCCCACGGGGAGGGCAAGUCUCUGGCCGACGAGUGGUCGUGUCCCUUCCUGGAGACCUCGGCCAAGAACAAGAUCUCUGUGGAUGAGCUGUUCGCGGAGAUCGUCCGGCAGAUGAACUAUGUGUCUCAGCCCAACGGGGGAGACCAGUGCUGCUCUCCCUGUGUCCUCCUCUAACUGGGGCUUUAUUUACAAAGCCCCGAGAAAACCCCCUCCGCGACAUUUUGAUGUUUCCCCCCCCCCGAAAAAAGGUGCAGGAUUUCUAUGCAAAGUUGCAUUGCUGUGACGGCCUCUGACCUGCGCUGGUGCAUACAUGGACUGACCGACCGGAGAGGGGGCUGGCUGUGAGGCGGGUCACACCUCCAGCACUGCCACGACGUGGAAUGUGUGUGGGGGACAAAAUUCCUUCUAUUUUCGUCACCUGCUGUAACCAUUUGCCUUCCCCUCAAGGACCUGCUGAGAUAUUGGGAGCCCAGCUAUUUAAAAAAAAAUGAGAGGAAGUGGGUAUUCGUAACUGCGCUUUGCUGACCAUCAACCAACCAACCAACCAACCAACCAACCCAACUAUUAUUUAAAGCAAAGAGGAGACUAAGAGACUGGUGAUAUCCGUUAAUGUUCCUCUUUGGUCGGUGUGCCCCCACAAGACAAGCUCAGUCAUCCUAGUGCCUUGAAGACUGCUGUGAGACAGACAGUAUGUGCCAAUCUGUGCAAGCCACCACACAUUCCCAUUAGCAAUCAGCACGUCAACUGUACGUAACAAUAAUUCCCUCCCAAUAUCCGCACAAAGCAUGCUGAGACAGACAGACCGGCUAUUCUUGGUGGAACUUGUAACUAUUUUCGUUUCGGCCUUGCCUCUUUCAAACUCCGUUUCCACGUCAUUUUCAAGGGUUUGGGUUUGGAAAUUCCCAAAUGGUUUCCGUUCCCUGGUAGCGAGGGUUCACCUACCCUCUGUUCCGUGUUCUAACCUCGCUUCACAGGCCCACAAUGACGAGAGAGCGGAGUGGAAAUCUGAACACACUGUACAAUUUAACUGCGAAAACGAGCGUUUUAACAGUUUCCUCCCCCCCGCCUGGUCCAAGACUUUUAAUACAAAAAAA